GGUGUUGUUGGUGUGUGUGAUUUUUGGAUCUGAAUAUGCGUCACACCGUUUCCUGCCAGGGAAGUGGGCGGGCACCUUCUUGCUUUCGAAUUUACUUCAGUUAUGUUUUGCACACGUUUCUGUGAGAGCCGACUGUCUGCUGUGCUUUUGUCCAUUGGAAAACUCAAGAAUGGAGAUUGUUUUGCCAGUGGGGACUCGGGAGAUGACUGGGAAUAACUCGCAGGCAGUUUGCGAGCGCAUCAACCUGGAUUUUACGCACACCUUCCUGCCAGCCGCGUUUGUCACGGUGUUCGUGGUCGGGACGCUGUCCAACAUCUGGGGACUGAGAAGUGUGUGCACCAGCUGGCAAAAAAUUGGAAACAUUAAUAUCUUCAUGUUCAACCUGGGGGUGGCGGACCUUCUUUACCUGUUCACCCUGCCCUUCCUCGUGCACUAUUAUAUGAACGAUAGCCGCUGGGAGUUCGGCCAGCCUUUCUGCAAGGUGACCCGCUUCUGUUUUAACCUCAACCUCUACGGCAGCAUCGGUUUCCUCACCUGCAUCAGCAUCUACAGGUAUCUGGGCAUCGUUCACCCCAUGAGGGUGAUGGGUAAGAUCAGCAGCCGGCACUCGCUGGCGGUCAGCACGCUGGUCUGGCUGCUGGUCAUUAUCCAGAUCCUCCCUGAUAUAUUUUUCAAAAAGAAUGAUUUAAAGUCCAAUAACUCGUGUUACGACACCACCUCUAACGACCAGAUCCAAGACUACAUGCCUUACAGCAUCGGCUGGACCGUCACAGGGUUCGCCAUUCCUCUGGUUAUCAUUCUGCUCUGUUAUGGACACGUCGUUGUGGUUCUCGUCAAAAACUCCUCCAACGUCAACCCUAUGCUGAAGCAGCGGUGUGUGAAACUGGUGAUGGUUUUGGUGAUUCUGUUCUCAAUCUGUUUCAUCCCCUACCACAUAUUUCGGAAUGUUAACCUGAACACAAGGAUUUUAAAACAGAGUGGGGUUUGCUACGCCAGUUUCCGAAACAUCUACAUCGCGCAUCAGGUGGGCAGAUUCCUGGCGAGUCUGAACAGCGCCAUAAACCCGCUAAUUUACAUCGUGGGUAAUGAUGAUUUCCUAAUGAGGCUCCACCGGGUCAAGAACCGGGCUCGGAUGUCUCUGGCCGGCCUGACAGGAGCUGCGCGUUACCGCAGACCGUUGGACACGGACGUGGAUACUCCGUCAUAGCCUCGCGUCAACUCGGACCCUAUGAAGGGUUCAUUCACUGUCCUUAACCUGAGUUACACUUCCGUGAGUCCCUGUGUUCAUGCACCGCCAGAACUCCCACAUUUCCGGUAACAAAGUAUGAUGAAUGAUGAUUGGCAGGAUAUUAACUCUAUUAUCUCAUAUCUCAGUCAUCAGGUCACCAAGGUUACAGCGCAGAGAGACAAUCUGUCUGAUCAAUCACCAAGGUGCUCAUUAUAUUUUUGCACUUUCUGUGUGUGACUGUGUUUGUGUUUCAGAGCUGAUUUUUCUGUAAUCUGACUGUACAGAGGAAGGAAGGAAACGUCCAAUUCCAUCCAAAACUUGUCUGGACAUGGCAGGGUGUGGGACUGCCUUGGCACUCUUACAUAUGUAGCCUUUAAUAUAGUGUUUGUAUGGAUUGUAAAUUCCACUUUGCAUGUGACCAUGCCACAUCUCUUAACUGCACGUUUGUUUCGAGAAACUGGAACUGGAAAAGGAACUGCAACAGGGAAAAAGUGCCGGGGUCUAUUGUCUGAACAACUAGGAAAUAUUCUAAACUGCAUUCAAAAUACAAGUACGCAGUCCUGUAUUCAUGUGUUCAAGUCACACAUUAAAGGACUUUAAAUGCAGAGUGCCCCCUGUCUAAAGGAUAUAUUAUUUUGUACUAUAGUGUUGUAUCAUUGUAACAGGUUAAUAUAUAUUCCGUUUUUAUAAAACCGUUAGAUAGUGUUCAUUCCUCGGUGAUCAUUUUGUGCUGCUGUUAAACUGUUUUGUAUUAUACAAAUAUGUGUUUGUGUUAUUUUGUCCACCCCCAGUUUUAUCAGGUAAGGCAAACAGAAUCCUUACUGACUUGUAUUAGACAACUAAUUUUAAUGUAAAUGUUACAAUAAACCUGCUACUGUUUUUUAUACACA